CGACAAUGGCGCGUCCAAUUUCUUUACUCCGGACGCGGCACUAAUUUAAUACUCGCCGAUAAUUUAGUUUAGUUUCAUUUUUUUAUUGGUUUUGUUUCACGCUCUCUCCCCUUUUUUGCUUUAGUUUUGCCUUUUUAUUUCGUUCGUCUUGGCUUCGCUCCUCCCUUUUGUUUUGCAAGCAAGCUCGCUCUCAGCUUCUUCCUCCUCUCGCCUCCCAGCUGCGUGAAAAUAUUUUCUUGUUUUUGUUCCUGGAAUUUGUAGAUUUUUGUUGGUUUUUUCGCGGUGUUUUGAUUUUUUUUGAGGGAAUUAUUGUGGGGUGGUGUUUUAAGGAGGGAGGCGGCGGCGGUGCCAGAUGGGGUUAGUGCGUGGGAGCUCUGAUGGCGGGAGCUCGUGACGGGAGCUCUAGUAGGAGGAGGUUGUUGUGUGUCGAGUGCCGCGUGCAUGGAGGCCAAGUCGGGGGAACCGGGCUCUCCGGCUCCGGCUCCGGCUGCGACUUCGGCUGAGCCUGCGCCUGCGCCGGUGGCGGCGGUGCCGGAGGCUACGGUGAGCUUCCAAUCACCGGAAUCUGUGGCGCCUACGGCAGCUGCAGCUGCAACUGCAUCGUCGGCGGUGGAGAAGAUUAGCUCGACUGAUUUGUUGGUGCCGCCGGGUUAUAUGACGACGGCGGUGGUGGCGGCGGGAGGAGGAGGGUUUCCGGCCGCGAGACCUGUGAUGAAGGUGGGCAAGAAGAGGGGGCGGCCGAGGAAAUACGGCCCAGACGGGAGCCUGAUCCGGCCGCUGAACGCCACGCCGAUCUCCGCGUCGGUGCCGAUGCCGGCCUCCGUUGCGGCGGGGCAGUACACGCCGGCGUCGGCGGUUGGCGCCGCCAUGAAGCGCGGGAGAGGCCGGCCCAUUGAUUUCGCCGCCGCGGCGUCCAAGCCGUACCAGCACCAUCUGCAGCAGCACCAGCCGCAUCAGUCGCAUCAGCCGCAGCAACAGUUCGGUUUCCACUUCGGCUCCAUUGGUGACAUGGUGGCCGGUUCUGCUGGCGGGAAUUUCACUCCUCAUAUUCUAACUGUUGCUCCUGGUGAGGAUGUGACGAUGAAGGUCAUUUCAUUUUCUCAACAAGGGCCACGGGCUAUAUGUAUUCUCUCUGCUAACGGCGUGAUAUCAAAUGUUACACUUCGUCAACCGGACUCCUCUGGUGGCACAUUAACUUACGAGGGACGCUUUGAGUUGCUGUCCUUGUCUGGUUCCUUUAUGCCAAAUGAAACUAGUGGACCACGAAGUCGGUCAGGUGGGAUGAGUGUUUCUCUUGCCAGCCCAGAUGGUCGUGUUGUUGGAGGAGGAGUUGCCGGCCUUCUGGUGGCAGCAAGUCCUGUUCAGAUUGUCGUCGGAAGCUUCCUGCCAAGCUAUCAGAUGGAGCCGAAGCAAAAGAAGGCGAAGGUGGCUGCCGCACCGACAUUUACGCAGUCAGUACCUGUGGCCAUUCCACUCUCCAGCACGGAUACACACAGCAGUGAGCAAGGGCAGAACAGCUCUGCUGCCGCCCCCAGAAUGAACGUCGUAACUUCAGCGUACAGCGCAGAUCAGAGCUGGGCUUCGCCUGUUGCUCAAUCGGCACCUGUCGACGCGUCGAGUACUCCAUCUGAAGAUCUGAAGCUCACCGCCUCUGGAGCCUGAAACCGUCCCGGACAGACGAGAGCCUCUGGAGCGUGGAAC